AUGGACUCUGGCAAAGAAAACCACGUAUUCCCACGCAGGUUGGAAGCUGUUCACGCUUUAUGGGCUGGCAUUAUAGGGAUCUUUUUCUGUCUGCUGACCACGCCCAUCGACCCUCUUCCAUACACCUUUCCAUACCCCUUGCCUGGACUCGAGGGUCCCCUUGAGAAGAAUUCGAUCUUGCAGAAGGCCGAGCGCUGGUUUGAUGGACAGAUAUUCGGACCAGAGUCCUUCACAGUGGAUGAAAAUGGAACGUUAUACACUGGUACUGCUGACGGGAAGAUUCUUCAGAUUGACAUCCGGCGGAAGUCGGCGGUGCUAGUGGUGCGGACGGGCCUCGACAGCCCGGAAUGUGGCUCACCGGAAAUGGAGCCUUUAUGCGGCCGCCCCAAGGGGAUGAAGUUUGGACCGGAUGGAAAACUUUAUGUGGUGGACUCGUAUAAGGGCUUACUUCGAGUGAACAUCCAAAACAAAAGUUUCGAGAUAUUGGUAGCUAAUUCAGAAGGGUCGGAAGGAGUGCCGUUCAAGUUUCUCAACAGUUUGGAUAUUGACGGGAAUGGCAUUGUCUACUUUACAGACUCCUCCGACAAAUGGCAGCGUAGAGACUUCAGAUAUGCGGUUCUGGAGAAUCGGGCUGCAGGACGUCUUAUGCGUUAUGACCCACGGAAUGGCCUCUGUAGCACCGUGCUGUCGGGUCUCUACCUCGCUAACGGCGUUUCUCUGUCCCGGGACGGGACGCACAUCCUCGUCAAUGAGAUGAGUAUCGCAAGGAUACGAAGAUACUACCUGACUGGCGAGAAGGCCGGGACAUCCGAUAUUUUCAUUGACAAUCUUCCUGGCUACCCCGACAACAUAAAGCCCAACUCCAGGGGUAAUUUAUACGUGGGCAUGGGUUCUGUGCGGUUUCAGGGCUCAAGUCCCAUCGGCUCAUUUCUUGACAUCAUUGGGCCCUAUCCGAAGAUCAAGCAAAUUAUAGCAGCGAUUACUCCGCUGAAAGCCUACAACGCCUUCAUGCCAAAGCACGCUCUGUGUGUGGAAAUAGAUAGUUCCGGGAAGAUAGUCAGCAGCCUUCACGACCCGGGAGCAACGAAAAUAGGCGCGGUCAGCGAAGUGUUCGAAUUUAAUAACACGUUUUUCAUUGGGCAUUUUCAGUCACCAUAUCUUGGAGUGUUAAAUGGUUCAAUAAUGGCUGGAAACGGUGAAUAAUGUGUGUUUAUUAGAUAAAUUGGCGAAUUGGUGCAAAGGCUUUGUCGCCUGUCCAAAGUUUGUGUAUAUAGAUGUAUGUUA